AUGGACAUCCCAGAAGUGGCCAGAGAAGCAAAACCAGCACCAGCACAUCCAGUUGCAAUUAAAAUCAACGAAAUUGCAGAGCUACUCAACAGAUAUCAGACGAUGGCUAAAUUGCUAGCCAUAACAGCUACGGUCAACAGAGCUAUUGACAGAUUCAGGAGGCAGCCAACGCCCCCGGGACCUAUCUUGACAACAAGAGAACUCAACGACGCGAGGUUAUUUUGGAUAACCCAACAUAAAUACUUUGGGCCAGCCAUUCGAGUACUCCAGAGAAAUCACCAACUACCGAGAAAUCAUCAACUAGCCAAGCUGACACCCACACUAGACAACGAAAGGAUCAUGAGACUUGGGGGACGCCUCAAGAACUCGCAGUUAAAUCCAGACGAAAUUCACCCAAUAAUCUUGCCUCGCCAAUCACGCCUCACCACACUAGUCGUCGAAGAAGCUCACCGCAAAACACUACACGGAGGAACUCAACUCACCUUGGCCGACAUACGUCAAAGGUACUGGAUAAUCGGCGACAGAGGCACAGUUAGAGCAUAUAUUCAACGCUGUGCCAUCUGCACCAGACACCGAGGAAGACAGGCCCAGCAACAGAUGGGUCAACUACCAGCAACGAGAAUCUCACCAGCAAGAGCAUUUCUCCACACAGGGGUGGACUAUGCAGGACCAUUCGCCAUCCUCAAAUGGAGACCAACGAAUGCACAACCAGG